AUGGAAUUCGACGAGAUCGAGUAUCUGGAGAAGACCGUAGAGGAAGCGGAAGAUCGGGAGGAUUCGAGGAAGAAGAACAACAGCAAAAAGAGAGAUGGAAUCGAGAGAAGUUACAGGAAGCGAGAGGUCGAUGAUGAAGAUAUCGACAACGAUGAGGACAGAAAGGUAAAGAAAUCGAAAGCUGAGGACGAGAACGGUCGCGAUCGCCACCGGAAACACCGAGAUUCAGAUAGAGAUAGAAGUAGUAGAGAGAAGGAUAGAGACAGAGAGAGUAGUCGGAGGGAGAAAGAGAAGGAGAGAGAGAGGAGAGAGAAAGAGAAAGAUAGAGAGAGGAGGGAAAGGAGAGAGAGGGAGAUGGAGAGAGAGGAGGUGAGGGACAGGAGAGAGCGAAGCAGGAGUAGGUCGAGGAGGAGAUUUAUAGAAAAGAAAGAAGUGGUGGAGCCUGAAGUUGACCCAGAAAGGGACCAAAGAACUGUUUUUGCUUACCAGAUGCCUUUGAAGGCGACGGAGAGAGAUGUGUAUGAAUUCUUCUCGAAAGCAGGGAAGCUGGUAUCAGAACCCAAAAUUGAUCCUGAUUUUGGUGAUGGUAGGCAUGUAAGGGAUGUUCGGCUGAUAAUGGACAGAAAUUCAAGGCGGUCAAAAGGAGUUGGGUAUGUGGCUUUAUGUUUAAACAAUAUACUUGUGCACAUGUAUUCUUCUAAAGUAACUGUUAGCAUAUUGAUUUCAAGAAUCAAGUUUAACUGUAUUCUUAAAUGCACUAGCAAUGCGAUAAUGAUGAGGGAUGAUGGGAAUACCUUGCACUCAUUAAAGAGAGCUGAUUCUGAGGCAUGGAUAAUUAGUCCUGGAGUUCGGUACGUUGAAUUCUAUGAUGCAAUGUCUGUGCCGAUUGCAAUAGCUCUUUCAGGUCAACUACUUUUUGGACAACUUGUAAUGGUUAAGCCUUCUGAGGCUGAAAAGAAUCUUGUCCAGUCUAGUGCUUCUGGUGGGAGCACAGUUGGUGUUGCUGGACCAUUUGGAUCAGUUGACAGAAAACUAUAUGUUGGGAAUUUGCAUUUUAACAUGACAGAAAUGCAGCUUAGACAGCUUUUCGAACCGUUUGGGACUGUGGAGCUUGUACAACUGCCUCUUGAUCUUGAGACAGGACAAUGCAAAGGUUUCGGAUUUGUUCAAGUCGGUGAUAACUUCUUGUUGAUUGCAAGAUAUUUUUUUACUCAACUUGACAAUGCAAAGGCUGCACAAAGUGCUUUGAAUGGAAAAUUGGAGAUUGCAGGUCGAACCAUUAAGGUAUCAUCUGUUACAGAACAUGGUGGACAGCAGGACAGUGGAGCAAAAUCUGCGGACUUCGAUGAUGAUGAUGGGGGUGGAUUGACUGUUAAACUUACCUUACUGUUUUACAAUCCUGUUAUCUUGCUGACAACCUUCGACACUGCAAUUGUGAAUGCAGAUGAGAACACCAAGGUUAAUGAAUAUGCAGCUGCCAAUUUGAAAAUAUUGCAUGCUGGAAAUUUGAUUUCUCCAGCAACAAAGUUUGAUGAUUUAUUUAUUGUUUUGCUGAGGUCAAAGUUCUUGAUAUUAUUGUUUGAGGGUACGAGGACUAACUUGCUUCGGCAGGAGUCGAUAGUUGCCUUGAAUGCUCAAUCAAGAGCAUUGCUUAUGCAGAAGCUGGAUCGCACUGGCUCUCUUGGAGUACCUUUGCUAAAUGGAUCGGCUCCAAAUCAACAAGCCAUUAGCUUGCCUAUAAAUGGGCAGACUGCUAUUGGAGCAGCUGCAGUUUCAGCACCAGCCUUACCCUAUCCCACCUAUGGUAUUGGGCAGCCCAGCGAGUGUUUAUUGUUAAAGAAUAUGUUUGAUCCAGCAACUGAGACAGAACCAGAUUUUGAUUUGGAUAUUAAAGAGGAUGUAGAAGAAGAAUGUUCAAAGUACGGUCGAGUGGAACAUAUUUGUGUCGACAAGAAUAGUGCUGGUUGUGUGUAUCUACGGUUCGACAGCAUGGAAGCAGCAGCAAGAGCUCAGCGUGCAAUGCAUAUGAGAUGGUUUGCACGAAGGUCAAUUUUAGCAGUUUUCAUGCGCAGGGUGGGGAGUGUUGAAAAACCUAUUUUGAGUAGAACUUCUGUUGUCCCAGUUCUAGCUUGUACUGGUAGAGAGAUUUUAUCUGCAGAUUCUGUAAGGUUCAACUUUUGGACUGACUAA